GCGUAGUUGGCGUUCCGGAGUGUCUUUCGGAAAAACAAUCAGCUCAUCAGCUGAUGGAAUCAGCCGCAAGCAGGUUUAUAAAAACGCUCCAGUUUGUAUUUGGCCAGGUAAAAAGCCAGGAAUUGCAUUAAAUGCUUUUGGAGAAGUGUCUUUUGUGUUCAGUGAGCUCUGUGUACUGAAAAUAGCUGCAAUAUUUUCCAUCCUUUUUAGCAGCUAAAAGUGGAAUUUCGAUCAACAUAACCUAGAAAAGGUAGUGCUGUUUUGUUCUGGAUAUUUGUGUGAUAAAAAUGUCCUGUCCACUGUUACUUGAUGCAGAAAAGUACAAUCCAGAUACAUUGAAUUUGACUGAUGAUAUUGAGGUGAAAAGUUAUUGGUUCCAGUGCUUCAGGGAGUUGGUGAAGAAGUUCGCCAUUCAGGCUAGAAAAAGUGAACUCGAUAGUGAUGAUGCUUCCGAACGAUCUGAGAGAUUUCAACGGGAUUUUCUCCACAAGAUGAACUCACUGGGAGAGAGUACAGAAAAUGGAGAACCUAUCACGAUAAGAACGCUGUUGGACUUGAAUGAGGCUUGUUUGCGUCAACAUGGUUUCUCUGAUCCUUGGCGAGAGCAAAAGAUUCUGGAGAAUAAAACAGCACUGCGAAUGCUCCGGCUCCGCCUCGAUGAGGUGGACAAACUCAGGGACAAUGCAAAGUGGAUUGAACUGGUGAGAGGACUCCUGGCGGGAAAUAUGUUUGACUGGGGUGCCCAGGCUGUCUGUGAAAUACUCGAAGCGAACAGCUCUUUUGGCCUCAAUGAGGCCCUAAGCUACAUUCAGCCACGUCCAUGGCUCAUUGAUGGUCUCGAUGCGUGGCUGGCAAGGUUGCAAGGACCAAUUCACAAAUGUGCCGCUAUUUUUGUGGACAACAGUGGCUUUGACAUCAUCCUGGGAAUUCUGCCAUUUGCCCGAGAGCUCAUCCGACGUGGCACAAAGGUUAUCCUGUGUGCCAAUUCGGAACCUGCUCUGGCUGAUAUUACAUACAAUGAACUAGAAAGCCUCAUGAGCAGUUGCUGUGAUCAAUGUAGCAUCCUUCGCGAGGCAUAUACUUCAAAGCGCUUGAUGGUCCUGCCCAAUGGUCAAACGGGUCCCUGUCUCAACCUCAGAACACUCACACCAGAGCUGUGCGAGGCGAUGGUACAUCAUGAGACAGAUUUACUGAUAAUUGAGGGCAUGGGUCGAGCCCUUCACACGAAUUUGAAUGCAAAGUUCACAUGUGACACCCUCAAAUUGGCUGUUGUGAAGAAUAAAUGGUGGGCCAAUCGACUGGGUGGUGAUACAUUUUCCGUCAUUUGCAAAUAUGAAAGUGCAGUAUGACCAGAAAAUGGGAAUCACCACCUCAGUGACUCUAUUUGAUGGCAUUUUAUUCAAUUAGAAUCAUUUAAAUGAUUAACCUGCAUCAUGAAGCAAUCACGGUUAAAUUUUUGUUUUUGGUGAAGAGAAAUUAUUGUGUCUUUAAUUAGAGACAACAUUUUUUUUAGAGAAAUAAAUGUUUAAUUUUAA